AUGUAUUCAAAAUUCUCAGCUAUAGAUGCUUCGAGGAAAGUCUUCAAUGAAAUGCCAGAAAAAAAUAUCUUUGCUUGGACUUCAAUGGUAACCGGAUAUGGCCAGAGCCACCAAACCGACGAGGCAAUGGUAUUGGUUAGAGAAAUGUUGCGUUUGGGUGUUAAGCCGAGUGAAGUAACUUAUACUUGUCUGCUGAGUUCAUUUCAUUAUCCGGAUGAUUCGGAUUACUGCAGGCAAAUUCAUUGCCGAUUAAUUUAUGAAGGUCUAGAGUCCGAUAUUUACUUGGCAGCUACACUAGCAACUGUAUAUUCAGAAUGUAACACUAACUUGGAGGAUUUCUAUAGGAUUUGCUCAAACAUUACAAUAUGGGAUCAGGUUUCAUGGAAUGCAGUUAUUGCUGGUUUCUCUAACUUAGGAAUUUGUGGGGAAGCUGUCUUGUGUUUCCGUGAUAUGAGGCAGGCAGGGAUAGUUGUUGACUUCUUUACAUUCACAAGUGUUCUCAAAGCAACGGGAACUUUAUCAGACCUUGAAGUGGGAAGACAAGUUCAUUGCCUGGUUAUCAAGAGUGGAUAUGCAUCAGACACGUAUGUACAGAAUGGGCUUAUCUCCAUGUAUGCAAGGUGUGGUAGUAUAUCUAACGCGAAAGGGGUGUUUUUGUCAAUGGAUAAACAGGACGUGAUUUCAUGGAAUUCACUGAUUUCAGGAUUUGCCCAACACGGGUAUGGCAGAGAGGCUGUUGAAAUGUUUGAAGAAAUGAAAAGAUCUGUGGUUAAACCAGAUCUGAUCACCUUCCUAGCCGUGCUUACUGCUUGCAGCCAUGUAGGGUUGCUAAACAAGGACUUGAGUAUUUUAAUAUGA